CUGUCUCAUCUACCACGUGCUUAAAUUGUACUCCUCUUUACGCUUUCUAUUACCUUCUGCUGAAGCUUCGCGUGACCACCUAUUAGGCGGGUCUUCUUAUCACAAGUCUUUUCCCAGCCGUUGGAUUGCUCUUCGUCUCAUCCGACAGCCGGCGCUCUCCGCAUCCAUCGCCAUGUAGAAAAGGGUAUGUUGGUCAUUUGGCGCAUGGGUUCCGUACAGCUGCGAAGACGUGCGGCGGCUAUGACCCAGCACGUGCCGAGGGAGAGCUGCCGCGCGCGCUCUGGCCGUCGUGCUGGGUUGACCGGAGACACUCCCAGGCCCGGGGCGCCCGCCGGUCCCCCGCCACCCCCUUCCGCACGCGCACGCGCCGCCCGAGCAUUGCGCCACACGUCGACCAUGGUUCUUCGUGCGCGCGGAUAAGCUCUCGGUUGGGUAUCGGACAAGAUUCAGUUCACCGGCGUGGCAUCUUGUGAUUAGCUUAUGCUAGCUGUCUGCUGCGUCGGAGUCGGUCCCAGUCAAUCCUCGACGGCGUGGUCUUCAGGGUUCACACUGGGCGGUGCGGGCCCCACCGCUCUGCACACCUGUCCGCUCCACAGAUGUUUGACUCUCGCACGCUCACUUUGACCCAACUCUUAUCUGAGCCGUUCGGCCUACGUCAAUAGACGGCUUGGAUGAUCUCCAAUUGCCGACAUUUCAGGUUCGACCGAAACCAAAAGGUUAUCGUGCUCGAAGACCGCGCCCGCCGAUUUAUUACCUUCUCGGUGUACGACAACCGUUCGAUCAGCGCUCCCCGACGAGAUCUUGCACAGAGAGGCGGGGACGCACACGUGACACGGCGAAGCAUAAAGUUCACGUAGAGAGCUCGGGUUAGCAACCGCACGUGUGGAGCGAUAGCAUAAGAGGGGCCUCUCCCCACACCUCCCGGUGCUCACCGUAGAGGAAGCCUGCGCAAGCGAGCGAGGUCUGACAGCGGCAACCCAGCUGAGGCGGGUCGAGAGGAGGAGCUGUACGAGAGGGAGGAGGAAGAAGAAUUUAGAUUGGCGAUGCCGGGGAGCGUGGCGCCGUUGGAUCUGGCGGGGGUGACGAUACCGCACCAUUUCCGGUGCCCGAUCUCGCUAGAGCUGAUGCGGGAUCCGGUGACGGUGUGCACGGGGCAGACGUAUGACCGGGAGAGCAUCGAGUCGUGGGUGGCUACGGGGAGCACCACGUGCCCCGUCACCCGCGCUCGGCUCGCGGACUUCACCCUCAUCCCCAACCACACCCUCCGCCGCCUCAUCCAGGACUGGUGCGUCGCCCACCGCUCCCUCGGGGUGGAACGUAUCCCCACCCCCAAGCAGCCCGCCGAUCCAGCCCUCAUCCGGUCCCUCGUCGCGGCCGCCCGCUCUCAAGGCGGCGCGGCAGCCUCGCGCGUCGCUGCGCUCCGCCGGCUCGGUUCACUGGUGCGGGAGUCGGAGAAGAACCGGGUAGUGAUCUCGACUGACGAGACCCGCUCGGCCCUCGUCGAGAUAGCGUUCGAGGGAGAGGAAUCGGGGUACCCGGACGCGGACCAGCCAGCAAUGGAUGCAAUGGCGGUGUUGUCGAUGCUUUCGAUGACGGAGGCCGAGAGCGCGGGGGUGGCGGCGAGACCAGAGCGGUUGCGCCGGCUGGGAGAGGUGGUAAGGGGGCACCCGUCGACGGAGGCUCGGAUCAACGCGGCGACGGUGAUCGAGGCGGUGGCUGCGGGGGCCCGGUCGGCGGAGACGCGAGCGGCGGUCGGUGGAACGGAGGGAGUGAUGGAGGGGUUGGUGGAGCUCGUGGCGCAGCGUGGGAACGGGCGGGCGGGGCGAGUGGGGAUCCGGGGGCUUUUCGCCCUGUGCCUGGCGAAGGAGAACCGGGGGCGCGCGUUGGCAGCUGGGGCAGCCGCGGCGGUAGUCGGGAGGGUGGCCGAGCUGGCGUCAAGCGACGUGGAACGAGCGCUGGCGACUGUGGAGCUACUGUGCCGGGAGGACGGUGGCAGGGACGCGGUGGUGGCGGGAUGGGGGGGAGGCGCGGUGGCAGUGGCGGCACUGGUGAGGGUGAUGGCCGGGAAGGCGUCAGGGAGGGCGGCGGAGCACGCUGCGGCUGUGCUGGUGGCUGUGCUGGGGGGGUCAGAGGCUCUACACGCGGAGGCGGUGGCGGCCGGCGUGGUGGCCCAUCUGCUGCUGAUGGUGCAAGGCGGGUGCUCGGAGAGGGCAAAGAGGAAAGCGCAGCUCCUCCUAAAACUCUUCCGCUCGGCAUGGCCACGCCACGACACCAUCUCCAACUCCGACGACUUCCUCCAGCCAUUCUAAAAGUUCCCACAUUCUCUCUCUCUCUCUCUCUAACCUGUCGAACUCUUCUCUUCCAUUUAGAAAGCAAGUCGAUAGAUUUUCAUGUCCCCUUCCUCCUGAAAAGACGUCGAACGAAGAAAGGAGUGAUAUGGGAUGGGAGACUUAUGGUUGUGACGUAUGGAGAUAAAACCACCAUCUGUUUUGGUUGUCGGAUGGGAGUGUAAGUAUGGAUUUAGGAUUGAAAUGGAUGGGUCGAUACCGCAAUUUCCGUUA